AUGAUACUUACGAUGAUACGGUUUGGCGUGUGGUUCGUCACUGCCACGGCGGACAACCCCAACGAGGACACCUCCAGAGUCGGCGAGUGCACGCUCUUCGAGCGGGAGUUCGUCGGCAACCAGAUCAACACCGUGUGGUUCCGUUACGUGGCCAACCAACGCCGUCUCAUCUGGUUCAACAACGCCGACUAUCGGGACCUUCAUCGUCUGUCAUGCGUCUACAGCCAGGAUCCCAUCUACACCGACUUUUACGAGUUCGCGCCAUGGGAGUCGUACGAGGACAAGAUGAGAGCCAAAGACUACCAGAUCCAGACCCUUGACAUGGAGAUCCAGAGGUUGACUGCCCAGGUGGCCGCCAGAGACGAGGAGCUCCGCGACCUGCGCCGCCAGCUCGCCGACAAAGACGAGGUGAUCCUUAACCUUAAGGGCCGGGUGGCGGCUCUCAAGGCCUAUGUGGAGAAAAGGAAGGCCAAACUGGAGUAUGGAAUGCUGACUCUGCAGUCCACCGUCACAUCCGCUUGGGAGUCGUUCCAGCUGAACGUCGCCUGUGGAAUCGUAAGAAUUGCAGCUGGUUUCGAACAG